GAAGUAUUUAUUCAAGUAUUGUUUAAAAGGCCAUGAUACAGCAACAAUGAUGCUCAGGAAAAAGAGAGGAGCCUCUGGUGCGCGUAGUGAAAAUAAUAAAACUCGGGAGACAAAUGAGGUUAAGAAUUAUCUAGAUGGUCGAUAUAUUUGUGCUUCGGAAGCGGCUUGGAGGAUUUUUGGCUUUGAUAUUCACUCUCGGUGGCCAGCUGUUGACCGGCUUCCAAUCCAUCUUCCCAACAAUAAAUAUGUGAGCUUCAAAUCUGGAGAGAGCCUCCAGGGAGUUUGUGAUAGGGCGGAUUCCAGAAAUUCUAAGCUUGAGGCUUGGUUUGUGGCCAAUAAAGUGUAUCCCGAAGCCCGUAAUUACACCUACGGGGAAUUUCCAAGUUAUUUCACAUGGCUGCCACGUGAAUCUAGGUGGAAGCCGCGCCAAAGGGGGGAAGUGGUUGGCAGAGUUUCAGAAGUCCACGCCACCGCGGGUGAUUUAUUGUUCCUCCGCAUGCUUCUAAUGAGAAGGAAGGGAGUUAUGUCAUUCGAAGACAUAAGAACCAUCGAUGGUGUUCUUUAUCCCACCUUUAAAGAGGCCUGUGGUGCUCUUGGUCUGCUGCAGAGUGAUAAACAAUGGCAUGAUGCGAUGGAAGAGAAUGCACAUUCAUCUUUAGCUCAUCAAUUGCGUGAAAUGUUUGUCAAUAUUUUAUGCUACUGCUCUGUUUCAGAUCCCGGAAAUCUCUGGCAGUUACACUGGCAGUCUAUGGCAGAUGAUAUUGAGCACAGGAGGCGGAAGGAUACCGACGACAAUUCUCUGCAGCUUUCUGAGACUGAUAUACAGAAUUAUACUCUUGCUGAAAUUGAGAAGCUUUUGAACGACGUUGGAAAGAGCUUGAAGGAUUUUCCGACGAUUCCUUUUCCUGAUGAAAAAUAUUUUCACUCUGAUGUUAAUCGACUUAUUGCUGAGGAAACCAGUUAUGAUCCCAGGGAAAUGUCUGUGCUGCAUGACCGUAAUCUUGCAAAACUGAAUGCAGACCAGAGAAAGAUUUAUGAUUCUGCAGUUGAAAAGGCUGAAAAUAACAGAGGUGGCGCCUUUUUUGUCUACGGCAGUGGAGGUUGUGGGAAGACGUUUUUAUGGCAAACAAUUUGUGCAAAAUUAAGGUCUCAACGUAAAAUAGUACUCCCCGUGGCUUCGUCUGGCAUUGCUGCUGUGCUUCUUCCCGGAGGGAGGACUGCACAUUCGAGGUUCCACAUUCCACUUAAACUUGAUAACUGUUCCACUGCAGGGAUUAAUCAUGGUUCAGAUCUUGCCGAAUUAAUACGUCAGACAAGCCUUAUAAUUUGGGAUGAGGCUCCAAUGCAGCAUCGUCAUGCUUUUGAAUGUGUUGAUAGAUCUUUGCGCGACAUAAUGUCUUCGGUUGAUUCACAGAAAGCUAGGAAACCUUUUGGAGGUAUUACUAUUGUAUUUGGUGGUGACUAUCGACAGAUUUUACCCGUGAUUCGCAAGGCCACGAGGGCCCAGGUUGUUGGAGCUGCUUUCAAUCGCUCUAAAUUGUGGCACAGUUGUGAAGUUUUUCUACUUCGCCAAAACAUGCGUUUACGUGAUGGCAAUACUCCUGAAGAAAACAAAAUAAUCAAAGAGUUUAGUGAGUGGCAGCUUGCUGUUGGAGAUGGUAGACUGCCUAACAUCGUAUCUGUUGAAGCUAAUUCUGAGACAAAGGUCAUGAUACCUGAGCAAUUUGUUGUCCGUAAUCAAGGCAAGCAUCCAAUUGAAGCUUUGUUUGAUAUUGUGUAUAAGGAUUUCGAAAGCAGUAAGAAUUCAAAGUCAUAUCUGAGUUCAAGAGCCAUUCUAACCCCGACCAAUGUUUUCGUUGAUGAUAUUAACAGUAGAUUCCUUGAAAAAAUUCCGGGUACAUGUCACACUUAUCUCAGCCAGGAUUCGAUGGAAUAUUCCGUUUCCAAGGAUAGCGAUUUUGAUGCAUCUUUUCCUAUAGAAUAUCUAAAUUCGCUUGAUAUGCCAUGCCUUCCGAAGCAUGAACUGAAAGUCAAGGUUGGAGCUGUGGUCAUGCUGAUGCGCAACUUGAAUCAAAUUUUAGGCUUGUGCAAUGGAACUAGGAUGUUGGUUACAGACUGUAAGAAAAAUAGUAUUGAGUGUGAGAUUCUAUGCGGUUCACAAAUUGGCACCAAGCACCUCAUUCCAAGAAUUGAUAUGGUUCCAAGUGACACUAAUCUUCCGUUUGAUUUCACAAGGACUCAGUUCCCACUCCAGGUAUGCUAUGCCAUGACGAUUAAUAAGAGUCAAGGUCAAUCACUUGAUAUGGUAGGGCUGUACUUGCCGAGGUCUGUGUUUUCACAUGGUCAGUUGUACGUGGCAAUCUCGCGUGUCACAUCUCCGAGGGGACUUCACAUAUUGAUUGAUGAUGACAACGGAGCCAGCACUAAUGUGACAGCGAAUGUUGUCUUCGAGGAGGUUUUUUACAAUCUGCCAAGCUUAAAUGAUUGAUAAAGUGAAUUCCAACACUGUUCUAUCUUGA